CGCAGUGUGGUGCUCUAGGUGGCCUAAGUGCCCCUUAUUUGUUGUUUCUGUGUUAUUUGUUGGUGUUAGUUCGAGAGAUGACGUGAUUUAUAAAAGCCAGUAUAAAAGUUGUUAUUUGAGCGUGACCGCGCUCGCAGUCGCAAAGAAUUAGUGCGUGUUACAUCGUAGGUCGAAAUAAUUCAGUGGUCCAUCGUUUCAAAACAACAGAAAACGACAUCAUGGAUUACAGCCAGUGUGAUAUCGGCGAGCCCGAAUAUCAGAACACCAAUGAUCACUGCGAUGAUGAUGAUGAGUAUGACGAUGAUUACGAAGAAGAGGAGUACUCAGAUGAGGACGAAAAUGAUGAUCAUCCUAACAUACAGUUACUGGCCCAACAUCUGUUGAUGGCUCAAGCUCAGUCGUACAAUGGGCAAGAAAACGGAGAAGGAAUGCUGGGAGCUUGUGGCUACACUCAGCAGGGCGAGGCACAUCACUUCCGAGGUCCUAGUAUAGACAGUGGGCAAUUUAGCGGAAACGAAGCAUCUCCUUUUGGGUCAUCAGAAGUCAUGAUGACAUAUGGAUCAGCUGGUGGCAUUCCAUCUAUGGCUGCCUUGAUAAGCGCUGCAGGCUACGGCGAUGCUGGAAACAGUUUUCAGCCUGAAGAUAUCAAUGAUUAUGGAGCUGGACAAGUAUUUGAAACUGCCGGCAACGAUGAGUUCGAGAACCCAUUUGAUGGAUGUGAUAUGGAAUAUGAUGGCGGCGAUGACGAAGAAGAGGAAAUUUACGAUGAAGAAGAGUAUGAGGGUGAAUAUGAGGCGGCCCCACAGAGGCACUCGUCGGCUGCUCCUGCGCUACUGAUGCCUGAUGAGAUGCCUUCGGGAGCGGACCUUGACAUGAUCGAAGCGCUGUUGGCGCACAUGCAGCAGCAGAACCCAGGCUCUGCGGCUGCUGCAGGUCACAUGUACGAAGACCUGCAUGAUGAUGACGACGACGAAGACUACGACGAUGAUGAAGAAGACGAUGACGAGGAAGAUUACUACACUGGAGAUCAGCACAACAUAAACAUGUUCCAGAACCCGUACAACGGCGGCGGCGAAGGCGGUGGUUCAGGGGGCGGUGAAGUUGAUGCUGGGGCCGUGUCCUUACUACAAGGGCUUUUAGGCAUGUCCGGGGCAGGAGGUAUGGGAGAGAUGGGACUUGCAGGUAUGGGUGCCAGCAUCAUGGGUGCACCAAUGGAUGCAGGUGGUGCCGGCUUUGAUAUGAACUCCUUCUUGCCAAACAUGUCAGCCAACGUUGGUGCAGCUCUCGCUGGAGCGUUUGGUGCCGCAGCAGGCGGCCUCAUGGAUGGACUUGGGAGUCCUGGAAACGGCGGGGGCGCAACCAUCCAUGAAUACGAUGAGGAUGAUGACGAAGACAUCACCGAAGGUAGCGGAGCGUCUGAAGAUGAAGACGACGAAGAGGACAGUGAAGAAGACGACGAAGGACACAUCGGGGGCGGUGGAGCCCACAUGGCUGCAAUGGCUGCUAUGGGUGGAAUGGCGGCUGGUGGUGGCAUCGCUGCGAUGGCUGCUAUGAUGAGCCAACCAAAGCAGCAGCAGCACCAGAUGUACGCAAGUCAACCUGGCCCGGUUCUGCCUCAUUCCUCGCCCUAUGUGUCGCUGGGAUCAGUCAACCAACCUAUGUACUCCCCGAGUAUGACAGGGCCUCCCUCGUCCUCUCAUGCUACCACCAUGUCCAGUCUGGCCGCCGCUGCUGUUGCCAGUGCUGCUGCUGCCAUGAGCUUGCCUGGUCCUUCAAACUCUCACUCCAUGCCACUUUCCUGUCCACCAACGGUCCUUGCUCCUCCAAUGUCCAUCAGCAGUGGACUUGGAGGUGGUACCAUGAGUCGUGUCGAUCCCUUAGCCGCCCUUGCGAUGGGAGGUGCGGCCGUCGUAGGAGGUGCCGUCCUAGGGAAAGUGGUGAGCACCGUCAGCAACAACACGGGAGGUGGUACAGCUUUAGUUCAGUCCAACCAUCUCUCCUCGAUCCCCAGCACUGGCCCUGCCAUGCACAAGAGCUUGGAUGAACUCAAUAAGCUAUCUGAUAGCAUGGCAAAUGUCCGAAUUUCUCAAAAGCCCAUGUCUCCUCACAACCCUGCCAUGCAGGCCGCCUACUCCCACCAACAUCUCGCUCAGAUGCACAACGCAGGGCCACAGCAAAUGGCAUACGGCCAUCAGUUUAUGCUGCCUGGCAUGAUCCGACCACCAAUGAGCACGGGCAUGCACGUUAUGCCUCCUCAUUGUGUUGCCAUGGCUUCUCCGAACUCGACCAACCCCGGCAAAAAUAACGAUGGCGACAAAACAAGUUUGGAUCGCGAGUCAGUGCCUUGCUCAGAGACAUCGGGAGGCGGCAAGAGUGACACCGAGUCCACGACCAAGAAGACUCCAAGCCCCACGCUGGUUGGCCCCGGACGCGUCAGUCCCGACAGCAGCAGCGGCUCAUCCUCGAGUGGAAGUGACCGCGGCCACGUCAAGAACGCUACGAGUUUCGCCUCGUUGUCUGAUCUUCCCAGCGCCACUGAGUCUAUGCGAGACUCUGACACAGACCACAUGGAGCAACAGAGACAUCAGCUUCAGAGACGACUCCACGAAAUGGAGCACGAGCCCAUGAACCGUCCCAACGGUGGCGUGCUCAUGCCGAAUGCGGUGCCAAUGCUUAUCGAAACACCAGGCUAUGGAUGGUCAUCGCUCGUUGGUCACGAAAACGCCAAAGAUGCGCUCAAAAACUUAUUCCAAGGUAGCAAGUUCCCCGAAGUUUUUGACUCACAAGGCUCUUGUCGCGGAGUUUUGUUAUUCGGACCUUCAGGUGCCGGCAAAACGAGCUUAGCGCGAUCUCUAGCCUACGAAGCUGGCGGUGCGCGACUCAUCGCCUGCACGCCCAGCUUCAUCAUGAGCCGCUCCAUGCAUCCUCAAACCGCCGCAGGGCUCAUCAGGAACAUGUUUGAUCAUGCGCGCGUUCACAAACCCUGCGUCAUGCUCAUGGACGAGAUCGAGAUGCUCGCUUUGCCUGAACUCACUGAAGCUGGUAAAUGGGCUAAGGCUGAGCUUAUGGCUCAAGUACGCGGAGAGACAACUCUCAAGCCCAGUUAUCCUACCAACUCUAUCAACGAACAAGUUAUGUUGGUGGCAACAACGUGCAGCCCUUGGGUUCUGCCUGACGAGCUCCGACGACUCUUCGCCUACAACAUCCACAUCAAAUUGCCCGCCGAGAAACAGCGAGAGGAACUCUUCAGAAUGUUCCUUAACAAUUACGCCAAUAACGUCACAAGUGAUCAGUAUAAGUGCCUUCUCUCCAAGAGCGAAGGCUACUCUGCGGCUGAUAUCCACACGGUGGUGAGGCAAGCCUCUUAUAAUCCACCGACCCAGCAGUCAAUCAACGGCAAUAAUCAACACCACCAGAACCAUCCUCGAGUUGUUACUUUCGAUGAUCUCGCAUCCGUCAUGACCAACUACAGGUGUCUAUACAAGGCCGAGCACAUGAGCUACUAUAAGAAAUACAUUCAAGAAGCCACUCACAGAACAGAAGAUAUCCGGGACGACGAUGACAAGAAAGGAAAGCCAAAGGGAGUUAAAAAAUUGGGCAGAUUCGCCAAAUCUUUGGCUGCCGCUGUCAUCUCUGUGAUAGACUAAAUCGUAGUAAUGCUAGGUGCUAGAAAUAUUCUCUCAUUGACAUCGGAAUGAUUCAUCUUCGGACUCUCCCGCUAGAUACCCUUAACUCCCCCUACCCACUGGUCACAAAGUUUGUCUUUCGACUGAAGCUCUUCCCAUUUUGUCAUCUUCAAGAGCGUUUUUGUAACCUUCAAUUCCUUGGCGUGUCUUCUACUUAACCUUCCCCACACCGGACAUGCAGGCUCUGAACGCCAAUGUGUUUGAAAUAUUCCGGUAGCGCUAUGGCGUCUGAGAGUACUCCUACAUGUUGCUCCAGUGUCGUUAUGUGAUCUUAUCUUGUGAAGUUCUGGGAAUGUAGAUGAUAAGAGCAAAAUUUAAUUAUGAAAUAGUGCCCCGCUUUGUUCUCUUCAAGGUUUUAGGAUUUUGUACCAUCAUUACCAUUAGUCGCCCAGGCUAUUUGCUCUCUUGUGUUCACAAAGGUUACAAUAUUUACAGAUAGUUCUGUUUCUGUGCAAGAUUGAAAAUCUGACCAUUUGAUUGUUGAGCUUGUUUGCUCACGCAUUCUCGUUGCUCUUGACAGCUUUUUGUAUUAUUUGCAUUGUUUCUCAAUUGCUAUCUAGAUCGCUUCUUAAGCUUGUUCUAACAGUCUUUUUAGGAGCAGUCUUGCAACUGAACUUUUCAUAAGCAACCUUAAAACAAAACUCGCUUGACAUUUUCGGUUAUUCAUGACAUUCCUAAUUUCAAUAUUCUUUAUUGAGACGAUUGAAACUUUGGAAAGUUCUGGGAAGAUGAUUGGAGACUGAGGAUGAAUCAGUUUCAUGUUGCAUUUAUUGCGCCUAUUAACGAGUAAAGCGUUACUUGUGAGCUAGUUGUAGUGUACAAAAAAGCUUUUAAGUUUUGCUAAGGUCAUUUUGUCUUGUCAUUGCCAAUUAGGUUUUAGCUUGAGAUUGUCGUCGCCUCUGUUGAUGGAAAGAAAGUCUGUGCUCGUAGUAAUUCAUAGCGUUGAUGGGCAAUUUUAUGUUUUUUUCAUUUAAUUUCAGCUUUUUGUAUAAAUCGGUUUAUUGUACAGACGUAAUUCUCGAGGAUUUGUAGUGCUUGAAGUAAUGAAGGAGAAGAAAAUUUCUGCGUUUUCUAUAUUGUUUGUGCUUCGGGAUGUUAAAUAAGUCUGUUCUUAACCGUCCAUAGGAUAUCUGCGUGGAUUGCUAAACAAAUUAACUUCCCUGAAGCAAUAUACCUCUUUCGUUGCAAUAUAUAUCGAGGUAUCUGCUUAUAUUGCAAUAUAUAUUAUAUUGAACAUAUUAAAUACUCAUGUCAGCUAGAUCUACGUAGGAUUCUGUAGAAAUCUGGGUUGGAAGAGUUCUUUUUCAUUUGUAUAAAUGGAAGAUUAUUUGUUGACGUUGUUGUGUAUUUAAAAGACAAUCCUAUGCUGCCUAUUACCCUGAACACUUCACUUUCGUUCACCUGUUGUCCUCUUUUGAACUUUAAAACUCAUCGUCGACAUUAAAGGUUUUUUUUCUUUUCCUUGCAAAAACUGAUCAUAUGGAGUCCGAGCUUUCAUUAAAAAUCGAGGAGUACACGACCGUCGAGUUUGGUGGAUGCUAUUCUCUUCUGUUUUACUGCACCUUUUAUUAGGUAACAAAUAUCGGACACUCCUCGGCACAACUCACGAUGUUGACCAUUCAGUUAUGCGUUAAUUCUUCAAACUAUCCGGACGUCAUCUAAAGGGGCUCGUUUGUAUUGUGCUGAAACGUUCAGAUAUUGUCAAAAUGAUUUCUAUAUUUUUCUACUUUUGAGCCAUCUUGUACCCUUCAGCUAUGGUUAUUGUUCGGCAAAUUUUAUUUUGAAAUUUGGGCUUUGCUCCCGCUCGAAGGCUAUGCAUAUCUCGGCUCGUUUUUGGUUUCAUGGAAUUUGUUAUUUUCGAAGUGGGGCCACUUUCAUUAAAAAGAAUAAAUUCCACUAUCUAUCUAGACAGAAAUAGAAGGCUUUACUUUGAAUUUACUUUGAACUUUGUCUAUGAUGUGUUAAGUUGAAAUUGGCGUGAAAUAAUGAUUCCAAGAGGUAACCAUAGGCUUCAAAUUUAGCUCGCAAAAGAAAUAUUUAGGAUGCAUGCAGGCCCGUUCAACUUUGCUUUGUAAAUAGGUUCUUAGAGAUGUACGUCAGCUACUGGUUCCACUUUCCUACUCUUACUAAUUUCUUCUAACUUGUUCGCUUCUAUGGAAGAUACAACUCUUCGCCAAGAUGUUAGGGUACAUGCGUAGCGUGGCUACUGCCAGUUCCGACGGGAGGUAAAGGAAUUAGCCAACCCUGACAAUUGCUACUUGCCACAACACCUUGGCUUUGCCUGAUAUCUUCGCUUACACUUUUUGGUCAAAAGAUUUCUUACUCUUUGCUUUCUAUUUUACAUGUUUGGGUGGGUGGUUAGGCGUUUAUUCAUUUAUUCUUUGAUUUAGAUUAAGCGCUUCGUGCCAGCGAGCCUUUUGUCAUGCAUCAGUAUUCGUUAUUGUCCACCGUGAUCUUUCUCUGGAAGCUGGCCUAAAAAAAUUUCAAUUUGCCAGAAAAUACUUUCAUAUCGAGUUCUGAGUUUAAUUAUCUGUUGCACUGCACGUUCUUCACCCCAGAUAGGGUGCUGAUGAACCAACAUUUCAGUGUCAGUUAUAAGGACGGAACUGAACUUGUAAGCGAGUCGAAGUGCUAUGACUGAGGCUCAACGGCACGCAAGUUUAAUUUUAAUGCGGUACAUUGAACAUUUACUUUAGAUACUGGCUUGGGUUCAUCUUACGUAUGCAUCGAGUCUUUUAAUCGUCUUUCAAAUUUGUGUUUCUAUAUCAUAAUGUAUUUUUACGUGAGGAACGACUGCUACAGAAGAUGAGGCUUGGACAGCAACUUGUGAUGCGACAAAAA